GGCAGAAGAGGCAGGCAAAAUCGAGUGGAACGAAAACAACUGUUAAAUCAUUCCUAUAAGGUAUAUAUCUUCGUCACCGUAACACAUUCCAUAUCUGGCUAAGUUCUCCCAUACAGUUGGCUUUUACUUUUGAGUCAUUGUGAAAGGAACGGGUCACGCUGAUCUGACAUCAUUGCACUUCCAUCAACAGACUGGGUAAUGGGUUCAGCUGUCAAUCCUAAUGCUACCUUUUCUAACAACGUAAUCUCAUAUUCCUGAGCCAUUGAAGACAUUUGAUAAAUACUGCGUGACGUGAACUAAAGAUGAGGCUGUUUGAGAAUAUUGUAGAGCCAUCCGAACGCCUAAAAGCAUUGUUUGAAUAUGCGGAAGGCAGCUGUCAAGUGAACCAUGAAACACCUGCCAGAAGGUAUUUUAGAUCCGGUGGCGAACUGAUACGAAUGGCGAAUGUAUACUAUGAUGAGAAAAACAAUGAGGCAGCAUAUCUUUUGUACACAAGAGCCAUCAUUCUGUUUCUGGACAAACUGCGCCAACAUCCAGAGUACAAGAGUGUGCCUGGUAAAGAGAAGAGCCAAAUUAAUCAGAAAAUAAGAGACAUAGUUCUCCCGAGAGCAGAGGAAUUAAAAGCUAAGUUAAAAAAAGAAUUUGCUGUUAUUGCAGAGAGGAAAAAGGAAGAGCAGAAAAAACAAGAAGAAUUACUGGCCAAAGAGCUGGAGAAACAGAAAUUAAUAGAAGAACAAAAGAAACGAGAAGAAGAGGCUCACAGGAAAAGGGUAGAGGAAUAUAAAGAAUUAGAAGAAAAGAAAAAGUUGGAACUUUUAAAAAAAGAAGAAAGGGAAAGACAAAUUCAAGAAGAAAGACUACGUCUUUACGAAGAAGAAAAGAAAAUCUUAAACACAAGGGGUGCUUACCUAGACAAUGGCCAAAUAUCAAAUAAUGCACAACAGGUUGUUGGAGCAGCUGGUUCUAUAGAUCUUCCACCUCCAUAUGAACCUUCUGCCCCACCACUACCACAGGAGGACAUCAGACCGACAGCACCUAUUGUUGACCGCUCCAGCAAACCAAGAGUCAAUCACCAUACAAGUAUAGGUGGAACUAGUCAUAAUGCUCAUGGGUUGAAGGAUGUCAUCUGCCCUGCUGACCUGAUGCCUAAGUUUCUACACCUGGCCACAGCCAACACUGCCAGGAAUGUAGAGACUUGUGGGAUCCUGGCAGGGAAAUUGAGGCAAGGUGCGUUCACCAUCACAAACCUGCUGGUACCCAAGCAGUCUGGUACUUCUGACUCCUGCAGUGCCGAAGAUGAGGAGGCCAUCUUUGAUUACCAGGAUAAGCAUGACUUGAUUACUCUGGGAUGGAUACAUACCCAUCCAUCUCAGACAGCAUUUAUGUCCAGUGUGGAUUUGCACACCCAUGCAGGAUAUCAGAUGAUGAUGCCAGAAGCCAUUGCUAUAGUCAUCUCUCCUAAAUAUCAAGAGACUGGCUUUUUCCUGUUGACCCCAGACUAUGGUUUGGAUUAUGUGGCCAACUGCAGGCAGAAGGGGUUUCAUAAACACCCUGAGGAACCUCCCCUUUAUGAGCAAUCCAGUCAUGUCCAAAUAGUUGAAGACCAGCACAUUGUUGUUGCAGACUUGAGACACUGAUAGAGAAAAAGCUUUGAUAUCAUAGUCAAUGAAUUUAUGAAUAUUGAUUGUGCAGACUUGCAUGACAAGGAUAUAGGAGCUUUAUGGAAGUAAUAGAACUUGAGAUAAUAAUAUGUUAACAAUGUAUGUAUUAAGUCAUAAUAGUAGUUCAGAAAUGUUUUAAUUUGUAUGGAAAUGGAACCACUUAGAGGGAUUUUCCAUCAGUAGAAAGCAACAGAUAUUCAUAAUCACAAAGACUAAAAAUGUUAUAUUUUUAAUAGGUGUCUGUUGUAAUUAAUUAUACUGUUAUGAGGAUCAUACAGAGCUCAUUUAUAGUCAUGUGCAAUUUCUCUGUUCAUGAGUAGUCAGUCAUGGGUAAGUACUGGUAGUGGAGACCAGUCAGAUUAUCAGGGAAUAUUACAAAGCCUAGUCUACUGAAAGUUGUAUUUAUAAAUGUGGACAUGGGGUUCUUUGGAGGAAGUAAAAAGUUAACCCAAAUUUUAUGCUUUUUAUAAGGCAGUGAAAUUGUUUUCCCAAACUGUGCUGUUGUACAUUUGUUGUUAUGUAAGUACUUGUUGCAAUAUGAUUACAUUUCUGUGUAGGUUCCCCACAAUAACAUGUUAACUGUAAUAAGCUAUAGGGGUAUAAUUUUUAUUUUUUUGUUUAUAUUUAUUUUUGCUGCGCUUGCCCAGUAAACUUGAAUGAUGCUUCAUUGCACUGUGUUGCAUUCACUGAUGCAUAACUUUGAAUCUGUUACUAUGUUUAUUGAAUAAAUGUAGGUAAUAUAACAACAAUGAAUACAACAGUGAUAUUUGUUUUUGUGUCAUUUUAUUUAAUGUUGAGAAUAAUUUCCUAAUUUGUACGAGGUAUUAUAAAAUCCAUAUUAGUUUGAGCUGUGUAAAAAAAUCCUGAAAUUGACUUAAAUUAUAUUUUUUCUCUGUUCAUAUACAUUAUUACCUUUUACUUAUUAAUAAAUAGUAUGUAAAUAUAUUCAGGAAUUUUCUUUCCUUUACAAGCAGUUCACAAAAUGUAAGAAAAAUAUCAUUCAGAAGUAAGGUAUAAAGUAAAAUAUAUCCACACAGCAGCUUAAAAGUAGCGUACGGUAUCACAGGCAACAAUAAGACAUUUACAAAAGUCCUUUCUUAAAGUCCCUAACAGCUCUUGAUUAAAUACAGUUAUAUACAGAAUGUUUUGUACUCCACAGAUUCUCCUUGUGUCAUAUGUUGCAGUCCAGUCAUUUCUUUGAGCAAAUACAAAACAGAAACCAGAUUGUGUGUUCUACGAAGAAGUAGCUUGUGCGUGUCUUCAGAAG